AUGCGUCUCUUCCUCACCUCUUCCAUGGCGAGUCUCUCCAUAUUCCUCUCGUUUCUUCUCCUCUCUCUUCCUCUUCCGUCGAUUCAAGAUCUCUCCGCCGACAAAUCCGCCCUCCUCUCGCUCCGUUCCGCCGUCGGUGGCCGCACAUUCCUCUGGGACAUCAAACACGCCGCACCAUGCAACUGGACCGGCGUCGUCUGCGACGGUGGCCGCGUAACCGUCCUCCGUCUACCCGGCGCCUCACUAUCCGGUCACAUACCGGAGGGUAUUUUCGGUAAUUUAACCCAGCUCCGCACGCUCAGCCUCCGCCUCAACGCCCUCACCGGCACUCUCCCUUUAGAUCUCGGUAGCUGCUCCGAGCUUCGCCGUCUGUACCUGCAGGGAAACAGAUUCUCCGGAGAGAUACCGGAGGUCGUCUUCAGUCUCAGCAACCUCGUUCGCCUAAAUCUAGCGGAGAAUGAUUUCGCCGGCGAGAUCUCGUCGGGGUUUAAAAACCUCACGAGGCUCAAGACUCUGUACCUGGAGAACAACAAGCUCUCCGGCUCUCUCCUAGACAUGGAUUUGCCGUUGGAUCAGUUCAACGUCUCUAACAACUUGUUGAACGGAUCCAUACCGGAGAGUCUCCAGAAUUUCGACUCCGAUUCGUUUGUGGGAACUUCGCUCUGCGGCAAACCGCUCGGUAUCUGCGCGGAUGAAGGAACUGUGCCAAGCCAGCCGAUUUCCGUCGGAAACAUUCCCGGAACCAUGGAGGGAAACAAGAGAAGGCGCAAGCUCUCCGGCGGCGCGAUAGCCGGGAUAGUGAUUGGAUGCGUGGUUGGUUUCUUCCUGAUUGUUCUGAUUUUGAUGGUUCUCUUCCGUAAAAAGGGGAACGAGAGAACAAGGUCCUUCGACAUCGCGACCAUCAAGCAGCAUGAAAUCGAAAUCCACGGCGAUAAACCGGCGGUUGAAGCGUCGGAGAUCGGGAAUUACGGUAACGAGUAUUCCACCGCGACGACGACGGUGACCGGAGCCGCGAAAGCAGUGGAAAUGAACAGUUCGGGGACGAAGAAGCUAGUGUUCUUCGGGAAUGCGACGAAGGUUUUCGAUCUGGAGGAUCUGUUGAGAGCUUCGGCGGAGGUUUUGGGGAAAGGAACGUUCGGGACGGCGUAUAAGGCGGUGCUCGACGCGGUUACAUUGGUGGCUGUGAAGAGGCUGAAGGAUGUGACGAUGGCGGAUAGAGAGUUCAAGGAGAAGAUUGAGGUUGUUGGGGCAAUGGAUCAUGAGAACUUGGUGCCGUUGAGAGCUUACUAUUACAGUGGAGACGAGAAGCUUCUUGUGUAUGACUUCAUGCCUAUGGGAAGUUUAUCAGCUCUCUUGCACGGAAACAAAGGUGCAGGGAGGCCUCCACUGGACUGGGAAACCAGAUCACGUAUCGCCUUUGGAGCGGCUCGUGGCUUAGACUAUCUUCACUCUCAAGACCAAUCGAGCUCUCACGGAAACGUCAAGUCCUCCAACAUCCUCUUAACAAACUCACACGACGCACGAGUCUCUGAUUUCGGGCUAGCUAAGCUCGUCGGCUCCUCAACCACAACCCCAAACCGGGUCACCGGGUACCGUGCGCCGGAAGUAACAGACCCGAGGCGUGUCUCACAGAAAGCUGACGUGUACAGCUUCGGUGUGGUGCUGCUAGAGCUGCUCACCGGAAAAGCGCCGUCUAACUCGGUGAUGAACGAGGAAGGAAUGGAUCUGGCGAGGUGGGUGCAUUCGGUGGAGAGAGAGGAGUGGAAGAGCGAGGUGUUUGACUCGGAGCUGAUGGGUCUGGAGACGGUGGAAGGAGAAGAGAUGGCAGAAAUGCUGCAGCUGGGGAUUGACUGUACGGAGCAGCACCCGGACAAGCGGCCAGUGAUGGUGGAGGUGGUGAGGAGGAUCCAGGAGUUGCGCCAGUCGGGUUUGGAUCGGGUGGGUUAA